AUGGUGAAUCUUCUGGAACAUCCUUACGUACACCUCCCGAGUGCUACACCUCCCGAGUACUACACCUCCCGAGCACUACAGUUCCCGAGUGCUACACGUCUCGAGUGCUACACCCCUCGAGUGCUACACGUCUCGAGCACUCCAGUUCCCGAGUGCUACACCUCCCGAGUACUACACGUCUUGAGUGCUACACCUCCCGAGUGCUACACCUCCCGACUGCUACACCUCCCGAGUACUACAGUUCCCGAGUGCUACACGUCUCGAGUCCUACACCCCUCGAGUGCUACACAUCUCGAGUGCUACACCUCCCGAGUACUACACCUCCCGAGUACUACACCUCCCGAGUACUACAGUUCCCGAGUGCUAUACGUCUCGAGCACUACAGUUCCCGAGUGCUACACCUCCCAAGCACGACACCUUCCGAGUGCUACACCCCUCGAGCACUACACGCCUCCAGUGCUAUCGAUAGCCUCCGUGGAGUGCUACGCCUAA